AUGGCGGCGAGGCUCGGGGCCGUGGUCGUCUCCGCCAGCUACCGCCUCGCUCCGGAGCACCACCUCCCCGCAGCCUAUGACGAUGCCGUGGAGGCCCUCCGCUGGGUCAGGACCACCGACGAGGAGUGGCUUCGUGAGGGCAUUGACUUCUCGCGGUGCUACCUGAUGGGCACGAACGCCGUGGGGAACAUCGCGUACCACGCGGGCCUGCGCACAUGCACCACCGCGGUCGAUCUAGAGCCUCUGGUGAUCAGAGGGCUGAUCUUGCACCACCACUACUUCGGUGGGUCCCAGAGGACCGAGUCGGAAGUGCGGCUGUUCAACAACCAAACCCUGCCAAUGAACGUGGCGGACCUGAUGUGGAAGCUGGCACUGCCGGCCGGCGCCAACCGGGACCACGAGUAUUGCAACCCGACGGCUGGGGAGAGAUCGGGGGAGUGGGAGAGGAUGAGAACGCAGGGGUGGCGAGUGGUGGUGGCGGGCGGUGGGGGAGACCCGCUGAUAGAUUGGCAGAGGAAGUUGGUGGCGGAGCUAGAGGCGAAGGACGUGGAAGUGGUAGGCCUUUUCGGCGGCGAAGGCGAUUAUCAUGGAGUGGAGAUACUAGAGCCGGCUAAGGCAGAGUUGUUGCUCAAGAAACUAAAGGCGAUUGUUUGA